AUCGGCUAGUGUUGUGCAGAGAAGACGGCGCCAUGGGGAAGGAGAGCUCGUGUGGAGACAGCUUUCGGAAAGACGAUGCACAAGAAGCUGCUCUUGGGUGGGAUUCUCUUCAGAGGCUUCCUACCUAUCAAAGGGCUCGAAUAGCUCUUCUGCAUGGCGUUACAGGGGAUUUGAAGGAAAUCGAUCUUCAGAAGCUUGAUGUUCAGGAGACGAAGGAGCUGUUAAACAGAGUGGUGAGAAAUCCUGAAGAUAAUGAGGAAUAUCUAUUGAAACUCAAGAAUCGAAUCGACAGAGUUUCCCUUUGUUUACCGACUAUUGAAGUGCGAUUCCAGAAUCUUAACAUCAGCGGUGAAGCAUACUUGGGGGAAAGAGCUUCGCCUUCACUCUUUAACUAUUUUCUAAACAUUGCAGAGAGUGUAGCAAAAUGGCUUCAUUUGUGUUCAAACCGAAAGCAGAAAUUCUCGAUCCUUUGUGAUGCGAGUGGAAUUAUCAAACCAGGAAGAAUGACCUUACUCCUCGGACCGCCAGGUUCUGGCAAGACAACUUUGCUAAAAGCCUUGUCUGGAAAAUUUGAUUCACAGCUACAGUUUUCUGGGAGAGUAACUUAUAAUGGCCAUGAAAUGAAGGAAUUUGUUCCUCAGAGAACCGCUGCUUAUAUCAGUCAGUAUGAUAUCCAUCUUCCUUUGAUGACAGUAAGGGAAACCUUAAUGUUCUCGGCAAGAUGUCAAGGAAUUGGCACUAGCUAUGACACGCUUAUUGAGCUUCUGAGGAAGGAAAAAGAGAUGAAUAUCAAGCCAGAUCCUUAUAUUGAUGCAUUGAUGAAGGCAUCAGUAUUGAAGGGGCAGAAGGAAGAUAUCGUUACGGAGUAUAUACUCAAGAUAUUGGGUUUGGAUGUUUGUGCUGAUACCAUUAUAGGAAAUGAGAUGAUAAGGGGUAUUUCAGGAGGACAAAAGAAGAGAGUGACUACAGGAGAGAUGCUGGUUUGUCCCGUCAAUGCGCUUUUCAUGGACAACAUAUCUACUGGUCUUGACAGUUCAACGACGUUCCAAAUCGUGAACUCAAUUCGUCAAUCCAUUCACAUUUUCAAUAAGACUGCAGUGAUCUCUCUUCUUCAACCUCCACCCGAAACUUUUGAGCUAUUUGAUGAUAUCAUUCUUCUGUCAGAAGGUCGUAUUGUGUACCAAGGCCCUCGGGAACAUGUUCUGGAGUUUUUUGAAUCCAUGGGGUUCAGAUGUCCUGAAAGGAAGGGUGUAGCCGAUUACUUGCAGGAAGUUACAUCAAGAAAGGAUCAGGGACAAUACUGGAGUGGUCAUGAUGAUCAAUAUCGCUAUAUAUCUGCCGACGAGUUUGUGGAGGGUUUCAAGUCAUUUCGAAUAGGCAGGGCUAUUCAGCAUGAGCUUGCUAUCCCAUUUCAAAAGUCCAACAGCCACCCUGCAGCUUUAAUAAGAACUACGUAUGGAGCUACUAGGAAAGAAUUAAUGAAGGCGUGCCUGUCUAGGGAAUUUACACUAAUGAAGCGGAGUGCAUCUCUGCACAUUUUCAAGUCGAUUCAACUUGAAAUUUCUGCUUUGGUUGUAGCAACGGUGUUUGCUCAAGCCAGAAAGCACCAUGAUAGUAUUGAUGAUGGAGUUGUCUUCUUGGGAGCCCUCUAUUUUGGACUCAACUCAAUAACAUUCACGGGAUUUUAUGAACUUCCAAUGACAAUUGAAAAACUCCCUGUAUUUUACAAGCAAAGAGACCUCCAUUUCUACCCAUCAUGGGCAUUCUCACUGCCAGCAUCCAUCUUUGGAAUUCCCACGUCUUUUAUUGAAGUAGCUUUCUGGGUCGCCAUAACAUAUUUUAUUAUAGGAUUUGAUCCUAGCUUCACAAGGGUGAUUAAACAAUUUCUUGUUUACACGUUGAGUGGACAAAUGUCAUAUGCACUUUUCAGAUGCCUUGGAGCAGUGACCAGGGAUACCGUUGUUGCAAAUACAGGAGGAUGCCUCGGUGUAUUAUGGCUUCUGAUAUUUGGCGGAUUCAUUUUAUCACAUGAUAAUAUGCAGAAGUGGUUGUCUUGGGGUUACUGGACCUCGCCACUGAUGUAUGCACAAACUGCACUUUCGACGAAUGAGUUUCUUAGCAAAAGUUGGGCUCGUGUUCCUGAAGGAUCAACAGAGUCUCUGGGGAUUUUGGUUCUGAAAUCACGUGGGCUGUUUGUUAAGCCAUACUGGUAUUGGAUUUCUGUUGCUGCAUUGUUUGGAUUCAUAGUCUUUUUCAAUGGAGCUUCUGCAUUUUUUCUAGCAUCUCUUAAUGAAUAUGGGAAAUCGCAAACAGUUUACCCUCACCAAAAAACUGAGAAGAAGAAAAACCUUGAGAUGGUCAGAGUUGAAAAGGGUCACGUAACAGAGGAAACCAACACAAGUUUCAUCAGGAGUAAAACUGAUAACUCACCUACAAAUUCCAGGGUCGACAGACAAAACAGUCAAAGGAUGCUUCUUCCAUUCACGCCUCUCUACCUAACAUUUGAGAACGUAAAAUAUUCAGUAGAUGUACCGAAGGAAAUGAAAGCUCAAGGUGCAUCUGGGGGUCGGUUGGAUAUUCUGAAGGGAGUCAGUGGAGCGUUCAGGCCUGGAGUUCUAACAGCUCUAAUGGGUAUUAGUGGUGCAGGAAAAACAACACUCUUGGACGUUUUGGCUGGAAGAAAAAACAGUGGUUACAUCGAAGGAAGCAUCAGAAUAUCAGGCUUUCCUAAAAAACAGGAAACUUUUGCUCAAAUUUCCGGAUACUGUGAACAAAAUGACAUUCAUUCACCCUAUCUUACCGUGUACGAGUCCCUCAUAUUUUCAGCAUGGCUUAGGUUGCCUUCAGAAGUUGAUUCAAAGACUUUAGAGCUUUUUGUUGAAGAAAUCAUAGAGCUGAUUGAAUUAACACCAUUAAGGGAUUCAUUGGUUGGAUUUCCACAUGUGAAUGGAUUGUCCAUCGAGCAGCGCAAAAGGUUAACCAUUGCUGUUGAGCUUGUUGCUAACCCUUCAAUAAUAUUCCUGGAUGAGCCAACCUCGGGUCUAGACGCUCGAGCAGCAGCCAUUGUAAUGAGAGCUGUGAGAAAUACAGUUGAUACAGGAAGAACAGUAGUAUGCACAAUUCACCAGCCAAGUAUUGAUAUAUUUGAGUCAUUUGAUGAGCUCUUUUUAUUGACAAGAGGAGGUGAAGAAAUAUAUGUGGGUCCUUUGGGGCAACGGUCUUGCUAUUUAAUCAAGUAUUUUGAGGACAUCCCUGGAGUUGAUAGCAUAAGGGAUGGAUAUAAUCCAGCAACAUGGGUUUUGGAUAUGACAACAGCAGCAAAAGAAGAGGCUCUAGGCAUCAAAUUCGCCGAUGUAUACAAGAAAUCCGAUCUUUUUCGACAAAAUGAAGCUCUGAUUAGAGAGUUGAGUGCACCUCCUCCAGAUGCUCAAGCUCUUCAUUUUCCCUCCAAGUACCCACGUUCCUACCUGACUCAGUUCAAAGCCUGCCUAUGGAAGCAGCACAAAUCAUUUUUCAGGAACACCUCAUACAAUGCCGUCAGGAUGCUGUUUAGUGCUUCAAUGGGCCUUUUGUUUGGAGCUGUUUUCUUGAGGCUCGGCAGCAAGAGGAGCACGAAGCAAGAAAUUUUCAAUAGCGUAGGUGCUAUGUACAUUGCAAUUAACUUCAUGGGGACCCAAGGCUCACUUACAGUGCAACCUGUGCUCAUAACUGAGCGAACCGUUUACUACAGGGAGCGGGCUGCUGGAAUGUAUUCUGCUUUGCCUCAUGCAUUUGCUCAGGUUGCAAUUGAAUUCCCAUACACGCUGGUUCAGGUAGCUUUAUAUGCGGUUAUAGUGUAUGCAAUGAUGGGAUAUGAAUGGACAGCCAGCAAGUUUCUCCUCAACUACUUCUUCAUGUUCAUUACAAUUCUAUACUUCAUAUACUAUGGUAUGGUGGUGGUAGCCGUGAGUCCUAAUCAAGCAACUGCUUCUAUGCUUACUGGGUUCUCCUACUCAGUCUGGAACCUUUUCACCGGUUUCGUUAUCCCUCGAACGAGAAUUUCUGUGUGGUGGAGAUGGUAUGCUUGGAUUUGCCCAGUUUCUUGGAGUUUGUAUGGAACGGUAACUUCCCAAUUUGCAGAUAUACAAACUAAGCUUGACACAGGAGAGACGGUGGCUGAGUUUAUUGAGGAAUAUUAUGGGUAUAAAUAUGACUUUCUGUGGGUGGUUUCAGUUGCUCUUUUGGUCUUCACUUUGCUCAUGGUCUUGGUGUUUGUUUACGCAACCAAGCACUUUAACUUUCAGAAAAGAUGAUACAACACAUGUUUGCCUUUUGCCUUCCUGUUCUUCCUGUUCUUCCUGUGUUCCCAUUCCAUGAAAGUGAGGAAAUUUAGCUUUGAAGCUUCAA